AUGCCAGAAGUUCAGUGUGAAAAAUGUAAGAAAAAUGAGGCAAAAUAUAAACGAAAGCCAACCGUCUGCAUGUAUUGUCAGCUACCAGCUGCAUUCGUCGAUAAUAAAUGUGUUUGGUGCAGUUACGCGGAACGAAAAAAUGGACCACCAGUAUCAUGCUCACAAUGCAAGCUGAAAGCUGCAUUUCCGAGAGAUCCAUCGCAACGGGAUAAGCCAUUGCUAUGUCGGAUGUGUUUAAUGGCGCAUAAAGCGUCAGCAAAAAACGGUUCAAAAGGAACACCGAACUCACAUCACAACCACAAGUCUAGCAGUAACGUCAAACAAUCCUCUCAACAUCAAAAACGUAAAGCUGAGGAUUCAAACGAUCAAAAACAAAAGAUUCAGAAGAGUUCUAGUGCUAUGGAUAGUGGCACAGAGCACGCGCAGUCCGAGCAUAUUCUUGUCAUCCAGCAGUACAAAAAUGAAAUUCAUGAGCUGCAAAAGAAAUGUGCCGAAAAAGAUCGUCACAUUAUUGAACGAGACAAAAAGAUAGCUUCAUUGAGUGCUGAACUAAUGCAGUUAGAGCGUGACAGUAAGCAAAAAGUGGUUCAAAUACAAAAGCAACAUCAGGAUAUGACACAGAGUCUGCACGAGCAAAUUCGAAACUUAAAUAAGCAGAUUAAAGAACAUCGUUACACAGAUGCUAUGCGUAUUUUGAAUUAUGAAUUGCAAAGAACGCCAAAUGUGAGUCCAUAUUAUGAUGCUGACUAUGCGUUAGCAGCCGAAUGCUACGAGCAAUUGACGAAACAUCAUCCGAAUCACGCAGAAUACCGACUGUAUUACGCACAAGCUCUUUACAAUGCUUUCAUGUUCCAGGAAGCUCUCAAUGUCGUUUCGCAGAUAGAAGAUGAGCAGUUACUCGGACAGGUGGUUAAGCUAGAAGCUGCGAUUAAAUAUCGUGAAGAGGACAUCAAUAAUGCUAGGGUUCUGGUCGAGCAAUACGCACCUGAUGAUCCUGAUAUUGAAGUGAAUCUUGCGUGUCUUGAUUACAAAGAAGGUAACUAUGAAAAAGCGUUACAACGUUUCAAUGCGGCAACGAAUACGCACGGAUACGAGGUCAGUCCAUAUUUUCUUGCUAAUUUAUUAUGA